GAUAUUAAUCAACAACAACAACAACAAGAGUAGAGGGCGAAGUGUCAGCCGAGUGAAACAGAACUACAAUCAUCUGGGAGAUUCCAUUAGUGUCAGUUAACCAGCCGGCAUGCCUCUGUUCGAAGGCCUAGGGGGCAUUGGGCUCAUUAACGAGAAGAACACCACGGUGGUGCUGGAUAUCGGGACGGCGUAUACCAAGGCUGGCUUUGCUGGAGAGUAUGGACCACGCAUCAUCACACGUUCGGAGGUGAAGUGCCGUGAGACAGGCAAGAAUAUUCCAUUGUUCCAGUAUAAAAAUGAGAAUGAGUUGAGACAUCACCUGGUUGACUUCAUCCACAAGUUGUAUUUUAGGUGCCUUCUGGUGAAUCCAAAAGACAGACGUGUUGUGGUGGUGGAGAACCUGCUGUGUCCAACUGUUGUUCGCAACACCUUGGCCAAAGUCCUCUUUCGUCACUAUGAGGUGUUGUCAGUUUUGUUUGUCCCUUCACAUUUGGUGGCCUUGAUGACACUGGGAAUCACCACGGGGCUGGUGCUCGACCUGGGCCACAAGGAAGCCACAUUGAUGCCCAUUUAUGAGGGAGUGGUGGUGUUUCAUGCUUGGCAAGCACUUCCAUUUGGGGGCAGUCUCAUUGAAAAGUCACUUUCUGAGCUACUGUUAGAUCGAGCUGUGGCCACCACUGAAGAUGGCACAGAACACAGGCUGUCUUCCAUCAUGCAGGACAUUCCUAACAGAUACCUCGAGGAUAUUAAAGUUCGCACCUGCUUUGUCAGCACCUUGGAACGAAGUAGCUGCCUACAAAACAACAAGUACGAUCGUUCCAUUGAACCACCACCACCGCCACCCAGUGUGCACUACCCCUUGGAAGGCCACCACAUACUCACCAUUCCUGGCACAGUGCGGGAGUUGGCAGCCGAGUCACUGUUUGAGCGGGACCAGGAUGCUCUCACGCUGGCCACCUUGGUGCUGAAUGCCCUCCUGAAGUGCCCUAUUGACACCCGACACAAACUUGCUGAGAACCUGGUAAUUAUUGGGGGCACAGCCAGCAUGAAGGGCAUGAAGCAUCGCAUCCUGGCUGAAGUGCGGGCAGCAGCUGCAUCAGAACAGUACUGCCAGAUCCUUCCUAUUCCAUCAUUCAUGCUGCACCAUCCACCAGCUAAGGACAACUAUGUAUCCUGGCUUGGAGGUGCCAUCCUGGGAGCUACAGAGGCGGUGAUGCUGCGGUCUUAUCACCGGGACCAGUAUCUUGCUAGUGAUGUGGUGCCGGAUUGGUGUAACUUGUCUUUCAACACAUGUGAAGACCGAGAUGAGAAGUUUGCCUAAGUCUGAUAUUAACUGCACAUUCUAAGAUAGAUUAUUCACUGUGGAGAGAUUGGUAGUUAUACAAUAUCUAUUUAUUCUUAUAUCUCAUUUGUUUCUCUAAAGUAUGAAUGAAUGAAUAAAACUUAAACAACUACUAAAAGCUUUAAUAACUGUGAUUUUGGGAUGAGGUAGAAAACCAAGGUGAUGAAGCAUUAUAUCUUUUCUUUACUAUUACAUGAUAGUUGCUUGUCUAGAUAUUUCAUUCGGUAGCUGACCAUUUUAAUCCUUAUAACAUGCACCUUUUAUUUAAUUUUUUACUGUCUUGAGCUUAUAAUGGCUAUAGACAUUACUGAAGGCUUGUUUCCGGAAGCUCAGAUGGUUUUUGUACACCUGUAGAUGCUCAUGCCACCCACAGAUAUUUAGAGUACUCCCUAAUGCAUUUACAGUUGAAGACAAUUGUUGAGGGCACCAUGUUGGUGAUCUUUGGCCUCUUGACGAUUGCAAUUUAACAUUGUUCUUGCUGGGAUACAAGGUGCAUCCAGGAUGAGGUAAAUAAUGUCCCAUUUCAUAAUUUACUGGCCCUUCUAUUUUUCUAUAAGUCAUCCUCAUAUUAUUUUUUAAAUAUCUUGUUUAGCUUUUCCUUACUCCUCAACCUGAUUGGUGAGUCAUCUCUUUACAGUGUAAUGAUUUGUUGAUAAUAUAACUACAUCCUUUCUUCAAGAAAGUCCUACCUCAUAUUUACUAUUUUUUUAUUUUGCUGUUUGUAAUACUCUUUCAUACUGAGAUUGUGUGAUGGUUCUUCAGGAUUUAUUUCUAUUGUCUCUAAGUCCAUAUAUAUGGACUGUAACAUAUCCUUCUUCAAUUACUUAAUUGACCUAAUAAGACACUGCCUCUUUUUCCUGUCUGGGCUAACAAUAAGGAUUUGGCUUUACUAAUUAUUUCCUCUUCACCACAGGGAGUAUAGAUAUGAUGGGGUAUAUGGCUGACUGUAAUGUGACCUUCAGGAUUGGCAAACAAAUUAACCUUAUUUUUUCUAACUAAUUCCUUGAGGAAACACCAAAGAAAGUCUGCUCCUAUAA